CUCAAGUUACACACAGAGUUAAAGACCCUCUCUUUCUUCUUUCCUAAUCACCCUGCGUUUCGUUUCUUUGCUGAACAAAAACUCAGCUGUGCCGCGACAACUGAACCGGAAACUUUUGGAGGCGCGUGAGAUAUAAAUCUUUGAAUGUGCAUUUGCAGAUUCUGACCCAAGUGGAUGGCCUCUCUUGGAGAAGAGAACCCUAAUGAGGAUACCCUUAUAUUUAUGGAACUUGCUAUAGAACAGGCAAAGCUUGCUCUGGACAGCCUUGAAGUUCCUGUUGGCUGUGUAGUUGUUGAAGAUGGAAAGGUCAUAGCGUGUGGAAGGAAUCGAACUAAUGAGACACGAAAUGCUACAAGGCAUGCAGAGAUGGAAGCUAUUGAUACUCUUCUUAAGCAGUGGAGAGAAAAGAGGCUUUCAACGUCAAAGGUUGCUGAAAAGUUUUCAAAAUGUAAACUCUAUGUUACAUGUGAACCAUGCAUAAUGUGUGGAGCAUCUUUAUCAAUUGUUGGUAUCAAGGAAGUAUUUUAUGGUUGUGCUAAUGACAAAUUUGGUGGAUGCGGAUCAAUACUGUCGUUGCAUUCAAGUAGCUCUGAGCCACUCAUGAGCGGUGGAGUACCACAGGGCAAAGGUUUCAGAUGCACUGGAGGGAUAAUGGCAUCAGAAGCAGUCCUUCUUUUCCGCAACUUCUACGAGCAAGGAAACCCUAAUGCUCCAAAGCCUCGUAGACCUCUAGUUCACCAGGCCAUUCAAUGAAUCAUACGUACGGAUAUGGUUUAUUCAAGUCGUGCUUUACAUUAAAGUUAUCCAACUAGUUCCUAGUUUUGCCUGAAGGAAAUAUGUAGAUGAAAAUGAAGACUACUUUUGUAAAAGGCUUUGUCAGAAAGACACUGAGAGAGGUUGAAGAAAUAUGUACCUGUCUAUGACAUACUCAUCAAGAAAAUUGUCCUACUGUCAUGUUCUAUACUUUGUAUAAGCUUAUCAUGUUAAGAAAGUUUUCGAUUUAUACUUGAAAAAAUGAAAAGAAUAUGUAACUCAUCAACAA